CCGCGACCGGCGGCGCCAUUCAGUACACCCGCAACCGGUGGCGAAGGCACGCCUCAACAUAAUGCAGCAAUAACUUACGAAAUUAAUACUCAGUAAAAUCGAGAAAAAAAACAUAUGUUUACAGAUUCUUAAAUUAAAAAUUAACGACUUCUGUGUUUUUGUUUUAUAAUAAAAAAAAAGUGUUACGGCCGCGUUCGCAUUAAUUUAUACUCAUCAGCAACCGGCGUUCGAAUUUCGAAUUGGUCAAGGUCUGUUUCGUGUUUUGGCUUGUUGGUGCAGAAUUGUGAAUAUUACAGCUAGACAGCGUACAUCGGAUAUUGCAAAAUGGUUGUACGGGUAGCUACCGACGAGAGACCGCUGGAGACUCCGUCAUCUGACGAGAGCGGUCUAGGCCGGAGUGAUUCACCCAGUGAUGACACUGAACCCGAAGCGGCAUUAGUGGUGCCUCCAGACGGCGGCUGGGGGUGGGUCGUGGUGGUUGCAUCAUUCAUGUGCAACGUGUUUGUAGACGGCAUUAUCUUCUCCGGAGGAAUGUUCCAAAACUCGAUACAAGAAGAAUUUAAUAUUAGCGAAUCGCAGGUGGCUCUUGUGAAUUCUUUGCUGGCAGGGUUCUAUCUGCUGGCGGGCCCAUUCGUAUCAGCUCUAGCUAACAAAUACGGGUUCCGAGUGGUGACGAUUGUGGGCAGUUUAAUUUCAAGUUCUGCAUUUGCUCUAGUCUAUUACGCAAACAGUGUGGAGUACUUGUACUUUGUCUAUGGAAUCGUUGGAGGUAUUGGCCUAUGCAUGAUUUACAUGCCCGCUGUUUUGACCGUUGGAUUUUACUUCGAGAAAUGGAGAGCACUCGCCACAGGACUCGCACUAUGUGGCUCUGGAGUGGGAACCUUUGUAAUGGCACCUCUAACAGCUAUGAUUAAUAAUAGUUUAGGUUGGAAAAUGACGAUACUUUUCCAUGCAGGCAUGUUGCUACUGUGCAUAAUAUUCGGUGCCAUGUUCAGACCUAUCAAACCAUUACGUGUCACCCUUGCUGAUCAACCAGAUGAAGAAGAUAUUGCAAGACGCCAUGAAGAAGCUGUUGAAAAAUUAAAUUCUAUGCUCAAACUGCACAGCAAACUUGAUUCUGGUAUUUCAAUGCCACCUGAAAUGAGAUUCACUAACAAAAUUAAUCCCCAUACAUGGAUGGGUGUGGCUAGUAACACUAGGUAUCCGACUGCAGAAGAAGUAUUCCGUGGUAGCAAUUCACACCUGAGUCACUCUCAGUAUGGCAGACGUUCCUCAGCAAAUGCUAGCGCCAUAAAGAACAACGUUGGAAAUAAGCCAAUGUUCAUUGACGUGCCAGUUGCCGAGAAAGAUGAACAAGAUGAUUCCAAUAGCAAUAUUGAUAACACACAACCUCUCAUUGGCUCAACUAUCAAAGUUAGACCUGUGCCUGUACCAAAUCCCCGCCGUUCUCACGCUGACCUAGUAGCUAGGCCUUUAUACCGUGAUGAUAUUUUCUUCGGCGCUAGUCUGACAAGGCUACCUCAAUACACAUCACGCACUUCUCUUGGCUAUCAUUUAGCUGUAACUCAUGUUCCAACAAAGGAGGAUACUCGAGAAGAAACUUCAAGCAAAUGUAACUUCUGCCCUGAAGCCGUCAAGCGAGUAUUAGCAACUAUGUUAGACGUUAGCCUCUUCAAGUCGCCUACAUUUGUAAUACUUGCCUUAAGUGGAUUUUUCACUAUGUUGGGAUUCUUCGUGCCGUACGUUUAUGCAACAAAGAGAGCGCAGGAUAAUAAUGCUAGUGAGUUGGCUUGUACUUGGUUGGUGUCAGCGAUAGGCGUAGCGAAUAUCAUUGGCCGUGUGUUGUGUGGUCUGGUAUCAUCGAUGCCGAAGGUAUCUCCGCUGUGGUUGAAUAAUAUUGCGUUAUCUGCUGGCGGAAUUGCAACUAUUGUAAGCGGUCUGUGCUACCACGACGCCUAUCAAUUUGGAUACUGCAUCAUAUUCGGACUUGCUGUCGCUUGCUUCGCAUCUCUCCGUUCAAUAUUGGUCGUGGAAUACAUCGGACUUGAACAACUUACCAAUUGCUUUGGUCUGUUUCUUCUUUUCCAAGGUCUUGGAGCUCUAUUAGGCGCUCCCAUUGCCGGUUUUAUAAUGGACCAGACUGAAAAGAACUACAACGUCACUUUCGCCGUGUCUGGCACUUUUCUGCUCUUCUCUGCCGUGAUGUGCUAUCCGAUCGACAGAAUCAGCAGGUGGGAGAAAACAAGAAACAAGCUCAGCGGCACUACGGACAAAGUUUGAUUGUUCGCAGCAAAACAUAGGAUCAUAGUAAAACAGUGCCUACUGUUUUCUUGUUAAAGAAACAGGUGCCAAAAUAGUCCCAAUCAGAUAGGUAUAGUACAAUUUAUCGUCAUUUAUAAACAGUGCUAGGUCAUUGGCUAGGAUUCGAUAGGUUAUAUCAAUUACUAAAUGUUCAUAAAAUACACUGAAUGUAAGAAACAUUGGGUACUAACAAUUUUGAAUACCAGCCUCUGAACCCAUUAGGUAUAUCGUGUCGUUUAGAGUAAAAGUAUUCGAAUAAUGUAAAAAAAUUAAGUAUUUAUAAGUAGGUAGAUAUGUACUCAAGAUCUGAUUUUUACAAUUAAAAAUUAUGAUCGAUACCAAACUUGGUUGAGACAUAACAACUAAAAUUAAAUGGCAUCUAGUUGGAUAAUGUAUCAAGAUUGUGUUUUGCCGUCAGAUGGUAAUUUUUGUGUAUGUUUAUAUAAUACCUGUAGGUAUAUGUUCUGCCGUUUUUAUAUUUGGCUAGAAGAAAAAAACUGCUCAUGCUAUAAAAAAGGAGAAAUGUGAUCUUACUUUAAUUCAAAAUAAAAUAAUUAAUCCACAAAGAAGCUACAUAUCGAUUGUUGAUUAUGACAUACCUAUUUUAAAAUCUAUAUAAGCAUAACAUUGUAUUUCUUACAUGUAUUAUUCAUGAUGUAAUAUUAUGUAAAUAGACAACAAUUGCCACUUUUUAUCAGAUGGUUCAUCAACUAGUUUGCAAUUCCUAGUAAGAACUUAGUAUGUAAAAAAAUAAAUUAAUUUUAAGCGCACAACUAGGAGAAGGAACUAUAUGAUCUGAUUUAUUAACUUAAAAAAUAUAGUGCACACGUUAUACCUAUACCUAUCUGAUAAUCUAUCCUGAAAUUAGAAAAUAGCGAAACAUUCCCAACAGUUGAUCUUUGGCAAAACUGCAGGGGAUAAUUUGCUUCAGCGAUGGCUCAGUUAAGUCAUAGAAUUGCAUUUAUAAUAGGUUUAGAUGUUAAAAGUACAAAGACUCGAAAAUAAAUUAUAUUAGUGUUGCAGUUUUGUCCGAGUAAAGAGCCCGAUGUGUAAGAUGAUCUGAAACCAAAAUGUACUUUAAUUUAGAUUUUUUUUACCGGGUUUUGUGCCUGAUUUUCAAAGCGGUGCAUAAUUUAAGACUUGUUAAUCUUAUGUAUUUAGUUAUAAGGUAACGCAUAUCAGUGUGCAAGAAUGAUUAAUUUGUAAUAUUAUUAUUGUGCCUUAUUGUAUGAAGUGAUACUUAUAUAAAUUGUAAUUUUAAAAUUGUUAUAAUUAAUAUUUCUAACGAAUAUCGAGAUCUAAACGUCCGUGGCGGGAAGCAAUCGUACGUUUGCAAUGACCUUUCACUAAGGUAAUAUCCCCGGUGCGUGUAGUUAAUACAUUAGAAAUAAGUGCUACAUGUGGCUGUGGUCUUAUAGGGUAAUAUUUGUAAUAAGAAAUCAUAGUCAUUGCCUCCUAUAACAUAAUUAUUUUGUUGUAACUAUAUAUUUCUAUAUCAACCAAUUAAAUUUUCAUUACCCAUGUAAUUCCCUACAGGUUUAUAUGAAAUCCUUAAGAUUAUAUACUUACAAUUACAGAUUUACUUACCUACUCUAAAGUAAUUAAUAAUUCUAACGAAUUAAUAAUUAAAUUAUAUUUAUUAUAAUUAAAUUAUAAAUAAAUAAAUAAUUAAAUUAUAUAAGACAUAUAGUCCCCUAAUAUAAAUGGAGACGUGAUACUUUACAUGGUGUUUGUACUAAGGUACUUAAUAUAUAUUUUUACAAUUUACAACGUUGUUGACCUUAUACACGUAUGUCUCUAUACUUUUUAUUAAUCUACUUUUAAUUAAGUACCAGAUUAUCGGGUAUUAGGUAAUGUUAUUUAAUCUGUAAUUUAACCUAACUACUUACAGCAAAGAUAUUGAGACUUAACAGUUAACAAAUCUGGUCAUAGUUGUCUGGUCGAGUAAGUAACAUUUUAUACGAAUUGUUGAAAUUUACAUUUUAGUGUUGAUAUAGAUUUAUUGAUGGUUGUACAUAUUUAUUGUGAGUUAAUAAUUAUUUUUAUUGACUAUCUAUUUGUAGAUGGUGACUAUGAUUUUUUUUGGUUUUAAAGUUUGUCAAAGUCUAACCUGUGGAUGCCACACUGCCAUACUUAAUAAUAUGUUGUGUUUAUUAUAUUAAAUAGCAAAGAAUACUAAAAUGCGUGCGCAUCUACAAACUAAAUAAAUCAAAAUCUAAUCCGACUACCACAAUUAUUUUUUAAAUUCUUAUUUAUUAUUACUUACAAUUUGUAAGAUUAUUCAUAACUUAGCUUGUGUUUAAAGGUUGAAAAUUAAAAACAAGUAAUAGAAAAUGUCACAGUCGUAGGUAUGUUUUUUACUUAAUCGAUUUUAUUAAUCAUGGCUAGUCGGGCAUAUAUAAGUGCUUAAUAAUAUAUAAAACCAUUAAUAAAAUGAAACGGUCAUGGAAAUAUUCAAAAAGCCUGGGCGGGCAAUUCUUAUUUAUUAUCCUAGCAUGAUAUCCGAACACGUGUUAUUUAAAUAUAUAAAAAUAGUUUUAAAACUUUUAAUAGCUACGUAUAUAUUUAUUUGUACGUAGGUUUGGUACUUUAUACUGCAAUGCGGUUACCGUAAUCCGUAUGAAAUACCUAUUUUGAAAGUACUUCAUUUGAGGUUAUUACUCUUAAAAAAAUUAAUAAAUAUAACACAUUUUGUUGAGUA